AUUCAUCUUUUCAAUUAUAUGCUUUUUAUAAUUUUUAUAAGCAAAUCCAAAUGGAAUCGUAUAUUGGAACUCGAAGGAGGUGAUGAGCGAGGUGGACCGAAAUUACUGGCACAACAAGGUUCCCCGAAUUGCUAUACCAUUGGAGGAAAAGUUAUUGUAUACAGUGAAUUCAAAGGAGAUUUUAGUGUAUACAUUGAACUAAGGAAUACAAUAAAUCAGAAAAAAGUUCCAGAAGGUUGCAUCAAUCAAAGAUCAGAUGGAUGUGGAGGUUUUGGAUCUUGCCUUUACUGCAAUGCAUGUGAAGCAAUUGGCUCGUCAUUUGCUAUUCAAGCUAAAUUACUUGUUAAUGGUCGCGAUUUGCAAUGUGGUGAUUCGUUAAAACAAGGAACAUAUGAAAAUAUUGCACUUGCAUUUUGCUUACCACAUAUUGAAGAUAUUUUGAAAGCACAAGGCCUCACAAAAGAAUCAUUUUUAUCACUUACGCAAUCCGAGGAUGGUGGAAGUCUAAGAGGUUUUGGUUUAUUUUUAACAGUAUAUAUUUUCAAUACAGAUGUAUCACAACAAAUGCAACUUCAGCAACGAAUUGAAAAUAUUUACAGAAGGAGUAAAAAUAGUUUUUUCAAGAAUGAGCCACUACCGUUUGAUGUUUACUGGAGUUUGCCGUUCAAUAAGAUGAUCAAGGAAAAGCGGGUGUUUGUUGCUUGCCAUAAAAUUUAUGGAAACGUCAGGAUCAGGGCUUAA